GAUAACGACCGACAUAUCGUGCGCCAGCGAGCUCCACCCCGUCACUCACAGCGCCGGCUCACAGCCGUGGAUCAGCCCCGCGCCUACUUCAGAGUGAGUCUCCGACAGAAACGAGAGAGAGAGAGAAGCGCGUUGCUGCGUGCGACAUUCCCCAACCGUGGACGGACGAUUGCAUGCAGAUAUCAGUCCGAUGUGGAUGACAGCCCCUACGUCCGGUCCCCCCGGCGGCUUCCCCAUGCCCGGCAUCGCCGCGAUGCCCACACUCAUGUUCGCUCCUCUCCCGUCGCUCAGCUUCACCCCGGCGCAGGUAGCGAGGGUGUGUGAGACACUGGAGGAGAGCGGAGACGUUGAGCGGCUAGCCCGCUUCCUCUGGUCCCUACCAGCCGCGCACGGCAACUGCGAGUCGCUGAACAAAAACGAGGCGGUGAUGCGGGCGCGGGCGCUUGUCGCCUACCAUCACGGCAGCUUCCGAGAACUCUACCACAUACUCGAAAACUUUCGCUUCGGCAAGGACUCGCACACCAAGCUGCAGGCGAUGUGGCUGGAGUCACACUACCAGGAGGCGGAGAAGCUGCGAGGGCGGCCGCUCGGGCCCGUCGACAAGUAUCGUGUUCGUAAGAAGUUCCCGCUGCCGCGAACCAUCUGGGACGGCGAGCAGAAAACGCACUGUUUUAAGGAGAGGACUCGCGGUUUGUUACGAGAAUGGUACCUGCAAGAUCCGUACCCGAAUCCGACCAAAAAGCGAGAGCUGGCGCAGGCCACGGGACUAACGCCGACACAAGUAGGAAACUGGUUCAAAAAUAGGCGACAACGGGACAGAGCAGCAGCGGCGAAAAACAGAAUGCAACAGCAGCAGCAGCGCAGUAGCAGCAGUAGUAGUGGCGGUAGCGCGACGAUCAGUCGUCCCGUGGACGGAUCGACCGAUGCCCUUCUCAUGCAUCACGGCCGGGACUCUCCUCUCUCGAGUUCGCCAUGUAGUAGUCCGGAUCCGACGCUCGAUCCCGUACUCUCGCCGUAGGUUGUAAAUGUGUGUGUAUGUGUGUGUGUGUGUGUGUGUGUGUGUGUGUGUGUGUGUGUGUGUGU